GCAUAUGUUGAGAUACACCAAGUGACAAGACUGGUCUAUGACAAUAACCAAUAGUGUCCAAUGUCUUUGAAAUACGGUUGAACAAUUAUGUUGCGUAAUUUAAAAAGAUUAUAGUCCUCAAUUUAAAAUGAUGAAAUAUUGUAUACAAAUGUGCCAGUUAAAUCUGGACUAUUCAUUUUCACGUUUGUUGUUGUUCUUUGUCAUGGUCAUCAAUAUGGUCACGCACACACCGGCUGUUGGCGAGUUCACUGAGGCAGAAAACACAUGUUAAACCAAGCCGAUGAGAGCAAAUCGAUUUAAAACAUAAAAUAAUUAUCCAGCAACGAGAGACAGAACGGCAACCAAAACCAUCACGAUGUUACAGUGUUACUCUCGGUUGGUCAAAUAAAACUGUUGUGUGUUUUGUUUUAUCGAAGCGUUUCGCCUGCUAGAAAUAUUACGCUGUAUUGACGCCUGUUGUAAGAGAAUCGAUCAUGAUCCGCACACACUUGGAACGCCUUGCACAAUAUUCAGUAAAGAAGGUGAUUCCGCAAUGACCAGGAUGACUUGCCAAACCUACAACUGUCUAAGUUGGUGUACAGUAUUAAGAAAUUUGUGUCUCGUUUUUGUGAUAAGCUCUACAGUCACAUGUUUGUUUUCUUAUUCUGGAAUGGGAAACGAUAAUCUUGGCAUCAGAGUGAACCACAUCAAUCGAAGCAGGCCCGAUGACAAUCAAGUUCAUCGCCCCUUUUUCUGGCCACGAAACCAAACUACCGUCAAAGGAAAGGAUAACUUUCUUCAAGAUCUUCCUACUCUAAUGCAAGAAAUAGACCCCAAUCGAGCCUAUCGAGACGCACUCAUGAAAGGAAUACAAACGAGAGAGGGCCUACGUACAACUGACUGGAACACAGACGAAACCCAGUACAGCUGUGACACACAGUUUCUAAAAUACUUGGGUUGUCCAACAUCAGUUCGCAAGAUGCUGGCUACGGGGUCCUACUUCCAGCACAGAUACAUGCCCGAGGUGCCAAUCUUAAUGUGGGACAAGCAUUACAACGCUAAAGAGUACGCACGACUCUCAAAAUAUCAAGGCAUUUACGGCUGGAAUAAGUCUACAGAGUCCGAAAUUGCCUCUGCGCUCCACGCGUUGAACACAUCCAGCAACGAGUGGCUGUUCGACGAAGCAUCGGCCGGUCCGAACGAUGGAUGUCGCCGCUGUGCGGUCAUCGGGAACGGUGGUAUACUCAACGGGUCAAAGAAGGGGUCGGAGAUUGAUGCGCACGAGUACGUUUUCAGAGUGAAUGUAGCAGUGACAGAGGGGCAUGAGGAGGAUGUUGGAACCAAGACUUCGUUUUACUGUGCUGCGUUCCGUUCCUUGUCCAACUCCCUCAUGAGUGGGAGGCCGUUUGGAUUCAAGGCACCACCCUAUCAAAAGGGUAUCCGAUAUGUGUUCUUUCCGAAAACCAAGUGGGCCUACUUGUAUCUGAACGCCGUACUCAGUGGUCAAGAAGCUCCCAACAAUCCAGUAGAUGGAAGAAGCCCCCCGAAUUUUCCCAAAGCACUGACGGUAGAAGAUGUUAAACUUGUUCAUCCAGACUUCGAAAGAUACCUGAAAUUCAAAUGGGUUAACUCUUCUAGAAAAUACCACGAGGUUCACAGACCGUCUACAGGAGCAAUCAUGUUACUCCUAGCGUUACAUACGUGCGAUGAGGUAAACGUUUACGGAUUCGCAGGGAGUUAUGAAAAAUACUCUGAAUAUUACUACGACACGAAGUUUAGAAAACACGUGCAGUACGCCAACCACGACAGCAACGCCGAAAAGGAACUAUGGAUAACACUCCAUAAUAUGGGAGUAAUCAAUCUGUACACAAGACAGUAAAUAUUCAAAUUGCAUAUAGUGGUAAGAAGUGGGUAUUGUUGUCGGUGUUUGUGUUUAUGUUUAUCCUUUUGGUCUUACAAGAAAACCAUUGUAGUGAUAGUUUCCCUUAUUUGUAUUUGUAUUUGUAUUUGCACACAUUUAUU